AAUGGAAUACAUGACUAACUGAUAAACCAAGAAUGCCCACUGGCCAGUUUACAUCAAGUAAGGUACCAGUCACACACCCUGUGUGAGGCGUAGACUGUUCUCCUCUUGGUUCAUGAGUCUAUUCAGUAAACCCGUUCAGUGAGCAGAAGGUAAAGCAAGACAUAUGGAGUGGGUGACACUAAGCAAGGGCAUCAUAAACCUGUGAUGUGAUCGCUUUCCCCAUCAGAAGCAGCUGAGCUCACACUUCUGGACAUGGACUUAGAGGACCUCAACCCCAACCUGCCUGAAAGCUGUGUGGCCUCAGGAGAAUCACUUAACCUCUCUGUGCCUCAGUUUCCUCAACUGCAGAGUAGCACUAGUGACCCUCCCCAAGUUCUUUGAAAGAGCAGAUUAGCUGGUGGAUGAAAAGUUCUCUCUAAACUAUAAGGGGCUUUAGAGAGUAUUGUCCUUCCUGCAGAUCAGUGCUGGGACGCUCGGUUUAGCUUGCCUCCUAGGGUACCUUCUCCUGCUGUAUGGCUAGUUCUAAGGGCAGAGGGCAAAUGCAGCUAAACUGGAAUCAAACAAAAUAAAUUAAUCACUGGGAUUCAAUGCAGAAGCUUGAAUGAGCUUCGGGAAAUUUUGCUGGUAUCCGACGGCCUCUGUGGAGCCCCUGCGUCCACAGUAUCUGAUGCCUCUCUCUGAGUGCUCACCCGGCAGCCUCCGUCUCCAAGCCUGAGGUCAUCAGCCGACCCCUGGCCCACUGCUCUUCCCCAGGCCCCUCCCACCAAGCCAGGCCCGCCUGUCCCAUCAGCCUCUCAUCUUGCUUCCCCAAAAUCGUGCAGAGGAAAGGAACACCGAUUCCGGAAUCACAGGAACACGGGUUUAAUGAGCUCUACCACGCAGCAGCUCUAAAAUCAUAAUAGCCAAGCUGUGGUUUCUUGAACCUAUUUCUUCACCUUGGGAAUGGGCUACAACUUCCUGACUUCCUUCUUUCCUUCUCUGAUUAAGAGGAUUAGAAAUACACACUUUGCAGACUUCAAUGUGCCCAGGAAUCACCUGAGGAGCUUGUUGAAAAGCAGGUUCUGAUUCUGUAGGGCUGAGUGGGGCUCGAGAACCGCCCCUUCCAGCAAGCUCCCAGGUGAUGCGAUUUCAGUUUUGACUAUGGAUCCGGGGUAUGAAGCGCCUGCCAUAUAGUAUGUACUCAGUCAGUAGAAACUUGCCAUGAAGACUUUCCCCGCAAAGGGUGCUCCUUUGAGAACAGCGAUAGGUGAAUAGAGAAACCUCUGCUCCCCUCAGAAUUCUGAGGGCCACAAGAAAAAACAAGUCUGGCUUUAAAGGUGGGCAGGGCGUGGGGAGGGAGGAGAAGCGUGGCCCCAGCAGCCACUCAUCAGCAGGCUGUCCACGCUCACGUGUGCGUGGCAGGUGGGCCUCUGCCGGGCUGCAGAAACCUCUAGAGCUCAGGCCUCGACUUGCCAUGCAGGGGACGCAUCCUCCGAGCCGGGCGCACGCAUGUUCCUCCGGCUACCGCUCUCCUGAGGAAUUUUCAAAGCGCACAGGGCUCGCCUGGCGGUAGUCUCCCAGGAUGGAAAUCCACGUCGGGGGCUUUUGUUUUCAGGACUGCGGUAUCUUUUGGACUUGAGGCCUUGCGUGCAGAGCUUUUCCCCUCCACCCUCACCAACGUGGAGCCGUGAACCCCCGCUGCUGCUAGGAACGGACACCAAAGACUCAAGGAAACCCGGAGUGGGGUUCAAGAGACGCCUCCCCAGCCCCACCCAGCAGAUUUGGCUUUUAGUUUCGCUCUUCUAAAAGGCCUGCUUCUCAAAAAGCUGCUGACUCACCCAGAGUCUUGACGCACUGUCUGCUCUCAAAGUGUAAAAAGAUUCCCAGGAUGUAAGCAAUAUGGGACUGAUAUGAUGCUGCCUCUUGUGUUUAGCCAUUGGAACAGUUACAAUCUUCUGCACUGAAAUCAUUCUGGAAACUCAAGCACCAGACUUCAGCGUUCAAGUGAAGCCAAAGCCAUUGGAGCGGGGCAUAAAGCCAAAAGCCUUUUAUCUUAGUAGUUCCAAAACUUUCACUGCCCCUUCCCUACCCGCCCCCAUCCCCCAAAUAAGCCAUUGCACACAGACAGACAGCAUGGCGAGCAAACGAAAAUCCACAACCCCGUGCAUGGUUCGGACAUCACAAGUAGUAGAACAAGACGUGCCCGAGGAAGGAGACAGGGCCAAAGAGAAAGGAAUCGGCACGCCACAGCCCGAAAUGGCCAAGGACGCUUGGGCAGCAGAACCUGAAAACUCUUCCAAAGAAAAUGAAGUGAUAGAGGUGAAGUCUACAGGGGAAAAUCAAUCCAAAAAACUCCAAGGUGGUUAUGAAUGCAAAUACUGCCCCUACUCCACGCAAAACCUGAACGAGUUCACGGAGCACGUUGACACACAGCACCCCAACGUGAUUCUCAACCCGCUCUACGUGUGUGCCGAGUGUAACUUCACAACCAAAAAGUAUGACUCCUUGUCUGACCACAACUCCAAGUUCCACCCCGGGGAGACCAACUUCAAGCUGAAGCUCAUCAAACGCAAUAAUCAGACCGUCUUGGAGCAGUCCAUCGAUGCCACCAACCACAUCAUGUCCAUCACCACCAGCGGCCCUGGAAGCGGGGACAAUGACCCCGGGAUCUCGGUGAGUAAAACCCCCAUCAUGAAGCCAGGGAAACCGAAAGCCGAUGCCAAGAAGGUGCCCAAGAAGCCAGAGGAGGCCGCCCCUGAGAACCACGUGGAAGGGACCACCCGCCUGGUGACAGACGCGGCUGAGAUCCUCUCAAGACUCGGGGGCGUGGAGCUCCUCCAGGACACGUUAGGACACGUUAUGCCUUCUGUCCAGCUCCCACCAAAUAUCAACCUUGUCCCCAAGGUCCCCGUGCCGCUGAACACUACCAAAUACAACUCUGCCCUGGACACCAACGCCACCAUGAUCAACUCCUUCAACAAGUUCCCUUACCCAACGCAGGCUGAGCUGUCCUGGCUCACAGCUGCUUCCAAACACCCGGAAGAGCACAUCAGAAUCUGGUUUGCCACCCAGCGCUUAAAGCAUGGCAUCAGCUGGUCCCCGGAGGAGGUGGAAGAGGCCCGGAAGAAGAUGUUUAAUGGCACCAUCCAGUCAGUGCCCCCAACGAUCACUGUGCUGCCCGCCCAGUUGGCCCCCACAAAGAUGUCACAGCCCAUCCUCCAGACAGCGCUUCCGUGCCAGAUCCUCGGCCAGACCAGCCUCGUGCUGACUCAGGUGACCAGCGGGCCGACGACCGUCUCUUGCUCCCCCAUCACGCUCGCCGUGGCCGGAGUGACCAACCACGGCCAGAAGAGACCUCUAGCGACUCCCCAAGCUGCCCCCGAGCCCAAGCGCCCACACAUCGCUCAAGUGCCAGAGCCUCCGCCCAAGGUGGCCAACCCUUCGCUGACCCCGGCCAGCGACCGCAAGAAGACAAAGGAGCAGAUCGCACACCUCAAGGCGAGCUUCCUCCAGAGCCAGUUCCCCGACGAUGCUGAGGUCUACCGGCUCAUCGAGGUGACCGGCCUCGCCAGGAGUGAGAUCAAGAAGUGGUUCAGCGACCACCGGUAUCGGUGUCAAAGGGGCAUCGUCCACAUCACCAGCGAAUCCCUUGCCAAAGACCAGCUGGCCAUCGCGGCUUCCCGACACGGCCGCACUCACCACGCGUACCCAGACUUUGCCCCGCAGAAGUUCAAAGAGAAAAGCCAAGGUCAGGUGAAAAUCCUGGAAGACAGCUUUCUGAAAAGCUCUUUCCCGACCCAAGCAGAACUGGACAGGCUAAGAGUGGAGACGAAGCUGAGCAGGAGAGAGAUCGACUCCUGGUUCUUGGAGAGGCGGAAGCUUCGUGACAGCAUGGAACAGGCCGUCCUGGAUUCCAUGGGGUCCAGCAAGAAAGGCCCAGACUCGGUGGCCCCCAAUGGUGCUCUGUCUCGACUCGACCAGUUCUCCAGCGCCCAGGUGCCCGGUUCUUUGCCCAGCCCUUCACCAGCAAUUACAAAAAAUCAACAACAGGUUCAUCUCCUGAGGAGCACGUUUGCAAGAACCCAGUGGCCAACCCCCCAGGAGUAUGACCAGCUGGCGGCAAAGACCGGCCUGGUCCGAACUGAAAUCGUGCGUUGGUUCAAGGAGAACAGAUGCUUGCUAAAAACUGGAACCUUAAAGUGGCUGGAGCGGUACCAGCAGCGGCACGUGGCGGAUGAUCAUGGCUACGACGCCCCGUCGAGGAGGGCGGCAAAAGCCGUCAUAGCCGAGAGCUCGAAGAACGGGAGCGAGGGCAGUCCGCAGUAUCACAAGGACCCCAAAAAGCUCUGCAAAGAGGACUUGGAGAAGCUGGGCCCCAGGAUGAAAGCAGGCGGCGAGCAAGCAAGAGACGGUUUGCUGGCAAAGCCCUCGGAGGCCACCUCGGACAGAUCAGAGGGCAACAGUCGGGACGGCCAGGGCAGCGACGAGAAUGAGGAAUCGGGCAUCGUGGAUUGGGUGGAGGUGACGGUCGGAGAGGAGGACGCCGUCUCAGACAGGUCGGACAGCUGGAGUCAGACGGCAGCAGAAGGUGCGGCGGAACUGGCCGACUCGGACUCCGACAGCGUCCCUGCUGAGGCCAGCCAGGCCUAGACAGGGAAGUCCAUCAGAACUGCUGUGCUGAUGAAGGGGACACUCUGUCUUCAAAGAGAGAAGAGAACUUCCGUCCCUGGCUGUGGGCCACCCUGGCCAGAGACUCCAAGUGCAACGCCUUCACUCGUACACACCUCCCCGAGGCCUGGUGGGAAUUGUUCAUAGUGCCAAAGUCCUACCACUGCGUUUUCCAUGGGUCCUUGUAAAUAGUUGGUUCCUGUGCCCAGGCCCCCGCCUCUUGCUGUACUGGAACCGAUUUGUACAAUGUGGGAAAAUUUUGUUACCUUUUUAACCAAGGGCAACUUCCUUUUCCAGCACUACCAUUGUAAGGUAUUUUUCCAGGAGGGAGGGCUGAUCACACGUGCUUUUCUCUUUUUUCCUUUCUUUUUUUUUUUAUUUUAUUAAUUUGGGGGAGGGGGGAUGUUAGCAUUAGUGCCAUUAUAUCUACUGGAUUUUAGGUAGGGAGAGUUCAUUUUUAAAGGUAGUUUGAAAUUUGGGAGAUUUCUUCAGGGGAAAGGGCUGGGAUUCAGGCAUCUGUCUUAACUUGGGGAGGGUUUUACAGAUGACAGAUCUUCCAAAUCAAAUCCAUUUCUAUUUCUUCCCCAGCCUCCUCUGGGGGUCCCUGUUUAGCCACACACAAGGCUUUCUGAACUGCCACCAGGCCGGUCUGGUUUUUUUGAUGGCCUGGCCUCAGACCUUGGGCCGAGCCAGCACCCGGAGAACUGGGUAGUGGACAGCUACCCACCCUGAGCCCCUUUUUAGUGACCAGCAGAAAGGGCUCUCCCGGAUGCAUUAGCAUCAUCAUUACUUUUGUGAAAUUAAAAGAAAAAGAGAUCUUCGUGUCUAGAUGGUACAAAGAUGAACAGCUUUGGUUUUCAUCUCCGUUCCUAGCUGCCUUUUCUCAGUGUGGUAUUGGACAAGAUUUCAGCUUGAAGCUUCACCACGAAUUGCUUUUUUUGUUUGUUUGUGUGUUUGUUUUGGGCCAAUUUUAGUUUCCUGAGUGCACUUUUUUUUUCCCUCAGUUAGUCCUAACUUCUAAAGAAAAACCAGGAGACAUAUCUGGUGUAAAUGUUGCAGUAUGAGCUGUGUUUGCAGUCCCUUCCCCUGCCCACACUGCCCCUCAUUUGAGUACACUGCACAAAUAAAAGGUUAGGGAGUUUGGAGAAAAAAAAACAAUUUUUCUAACUUGUUGCUCAUUUGUUGUAACUCAAUAAAGCAAAGACUACACAUUUUUAUAACCUU